AUGAUAACUCAAGGUUGGGCAGCGGCGGCUGUGGUAGCAAACGGUGGUGGCGGCAGAAGGGGAGAUGAGAAGAAGGCGGCUCCAGGGUGUGACGUGGAGGCACUGCGCAAGUGCCUGGAAGAGAACAAGGGUGAUCGCAUCAAGUGCCAGGCCCACAUCGAUGCCUUCCGAUCCUCAUGUUCUGUCAGCCCCACCACCACCUCCGACCAACGUCCCAGCGAAUGA